CGUGCUAGUGUUUACGUUUAAUAGCCGCGCUGGCCGCACGCCCGUCUUCCGUAGCUGUGAGUUACUACGCGGUUGCAUGUAAUGAAGAAAUGAUGAUAUUAACGUACGGUGGCAGUGAAGAUCGUCUCACAGGAUCGCAGAUCUGUGAGGUUCCCGUUGCACUCUUACUUUUGAAAAACUGUAUGCCGCGGUCGCUCGCCAGAGUGUCUGUGCUUGGAAAAGCAUACUUGUGCGUCGUAUACCCGCAUCGUUACACAAGUGACGUUGUCUACGUCGACAGAACAGUGGAACUCCCAAUUAAUAGCAGCGUUACUACAGACAACACUGUCCACGUGGAACUCCUCGGCAAAAGCCAGCCUGCCGACAGCGCUGUUGUCACGAUCGUGCUUCAGUCUGCUCAUGACUUCAUCAAGUGGCAUGGCAUCCGUAGUGAAAGAUUUUCCCAUUGGCUGUCCCGAAUUUUAAGGAAAUAUUACGUGAAAAGCGGGUCGACAUUUGUUUGCCCUUCUAAUCGACCCCUCUCGCGAUUAUGUGCGGUGCAUGCGAUCGUCCUCGACCAAGUCUCGCCGUCGGCUGACGCCUGCAGAAUGACUAGUAACACUAAACUAACGAUUGCACGGGUCACCUACAAUUCUGAUGUGAUCAAUCGCAUGCUAUUCUCAGACAUCUGGGAGCAGACGCUGCGAGAACCGACGGCACUACUUGGGAAGUUGUGCAUGUUUCCACAUAAAUAUCCCAAGACCCUCGAGGCGGUCGGGUUGCGACUGCACCGAGGAAUUCUCCUAACGGGACCUCCGAGCACUGGUAAGACUAGCGUCGUUCGGCAUGUGGCUCGGAAGUGCGGCGCUCACUUGUUGACCGUCAAAGGUCCAGAGCUAUGUCGUUCGGCUCCUGGAGAAAGCGAAGCGCUGCUUCGAUCCAUCUUUUUGGAAGCUGCGACGCUCAGCGAAGUACUGCCGUGCAUCGUGCUAAUAGAGGACGUGGACCUCCUGUGCGUCAGGAGAGGUUCAACAUCAUCGCACCAUACCAACAGGCUGGUCACACAAUUGCUCACCCUUAUGGAUGGCAUGGAAGAUAGGAGGCGCGUUUUCGUUGUCGCCACGACGACACGUCCGAAUAACAUCGACCCGGCCAUGCGGCGGCCGGGACGCUUUGACAAGGAGUUGUUGAUUGGUGCUUUGUCAACUCAAGAGAGAACUGAUGUAAUGAGGACAGUUGGAAGCCAAUUAGGCUUUGACUUGAGCCAUCUUGUGCUGCCAACAGCUGGCUUUGUCCUUGGAGACAUGAUGACUCUUCUUCGAGAGUCUCUCAUGGCUGCCAUGAAGCGAACUCCUUCAAGUGACAAUGAAGCACUUGUUACAAGCGAAGACUUCCAAGUGGCUCUUCAAACAGUUCAGUCCAACUUAAAUAGUCGUCUUGAGUUUGCAGUUGAAGUAGUCCCUCGAUUUUCUUGGAAACAACUUGGGGGAAUUGGAUACAUAAGAAAGAAACUUCAAACUGCUCUGGAGGGUCCUUUGCUGAAUCCAGCAGCCUUUGGGCGGCUUGGAGUGUCCCAGCCAAGAGGUGUACUGUUAGUAGGACCUCAUGGAUGUGGCAAGACUGCCAUUGCUCUUGCAGCAGCCAGUAGCUGUCCAGGCUUCACACUCUUUUCCUUGGGAGCAGCUGAUGUCUACUCUCCUUUCGUUGGGGAUUCUGAAAAAGUUGUGUCUGCGGUUUUUCGACAAGCAAGGCUUCGUGCACCGAGCGCCAUCUUCAUGGAUGACUUGGACACUCUAGUUGGCCGCAGAUCUGGCGAGCAUUCAGGGGCACAAGAACGCAUUCUCUCUGCACUAUUGUGUGAGAUUGAUGGGAUUGGUGCUGGAGUGCUUCAAAAUAGUGGAUGUGUUCAGGAAUGGCUAAACGUCGUCUUGGUAGCUACAACAUGCAAUCCUGAUGCAGUUGAUGAAGCUUUACUGAGACCUGGACGAUUUGACUUAAUUGUCUAUGUUCCACCACCAGAUGCUCAAGCUCGAGAACAGAUCCUGAAAGUCUGCACUGCGAAAAUGUCGCUAGGAGAUGUGAACUUGAUGUCCCUUGCAAAAAGAACUGAGUACUUCACUGCAGCCGACAUUGUACACCUUUGUCACAUGGCUGGCCUGCAAGCCAUGAGGGAACUUGGAUUUAAUGCACCUUGUGUAGAACACCACCAUUUUGAAGAAGCCCUUAGCAGCACAUUUCCAUCACUAUGCCCGCAGAAGAUUGAGGAGCUGCGGCAACAGUGCGCAAAGUUCUGCUUAGUUACAUAAUGAACCAGACCUGUUCAUAGCCAAAAGGAUACAGUCUGGCAAGAACUAUUGUGUCAAUGAGUGAUGUCCAAAAUCCGACAUAUAUGAUGUGUUUCCGGCUCCCGCAAUAACUUUUGAGAUCUGCAUGUUUAUCCAGAGGACGUCACCACUGGAGCAUGGAUUUGAAGACCACCUACACCAUGUAUUUUUGUGUGUUGACUGAAGGUACUUGUCCUUGCUUUUAAUGGACAGUUGUAACUAAUAUCUAAACAAGUUGCUCUGCGUUAGAUUUAAAGGGGCACUUAAAGCAAAUAUAAUGGACAAAUAGAAAGGUGCUUAAGACAAGUAGAAUGGACAGCAUGGGUGCCUGCCUGUAUUGUCCCUUCUCUGCCUUGACUAAAUUUGCACCCAACUUAGGUCAGAUGUGUACCAGAUUGCCAACCUACCUGCCCACCUAUCUGUAUGCUGUUAUUAAGCGUCCAAGUUAUCACUUUCGCCAAGAAUGUAACUGUCGUGACAAAAUGAUACAGGAUAGAAUUGGUGCCAUCAUUGUGAAAAUACAGUACCAGCUUGUAAGUUACAGUCGGCCACCAAUAAUGAAAAGUUAGUUACAUGGCAUUUUAGCAUGAAGCAAAAUGCAGUUGUGCCAAUUUUAUUGGGGUUUCCUUCAGAACCUGCCAGUGCUACCUCUACAUGCCACUCUGUUAACAUAGGCAUGGUGCCCUCUUUCUGCAGGUCUCUGAUUCAAGCUAGGCAGUAGUUCUUGGCAGAUCACGAGCUUCAAGAUUAUUAGUACUGCUACACAGAACAGUGCAUUCACUGUGGGUAAUUUGAAUUCUGGAAAAAUCCUGCUGCCUUUCCAGUCAUAAUUCACAACUUGGUUGGAACUAACAGUGUGGGGUCGCUAGAAAUGCAAUACAAUUAAACUUCAAUGAAGUUUAAUCUCGAUAUAAUGUAAUUCAGUAUAACGAAAUUCUCAAUAUAACAAAGUAUUUAACUUUUCAUAACCUCUUGUCCAUAGAACAUCAUGUAUUUAGAACCUCAAUAUAACGAAGUGCAUUUUUAUGCAAUUUCAAUAUAACAAAAUCUCACUGCUGUUGCAAAGGAAUGCCGAGACAAUAAAUGGAAACUUCCGUGGAUGCAGAUAGUCAGAUGAUUGAAUUACAAGCGGCCGUUUGCAAACAUACCUCUCAAAUCCCACGACAAGAGCGACCACCGAAGUGUAGCUGGAAAUUGCGCCCCGCACACUGUGUGCUUUAGGUGCGAGGGUGGGACAAGAAAGAUGGUGACUUCAUGAGUGCCGCCUUCCCACACGAGCAGAGGGCUCAUGGUAGCACAAGCGCGCGUGAGGGGGUGGGUGGGGGCAGAGUGGAGUGUAAGUUGGCACGCGUUUCGGCCGUGGCUGUGCAUGGCUGUAAGCGCAGCUGAGAGAAUACGCAGCUGCACACCCUUAUUUAGAGAAAAUAUGCAGCGAGUGCAAAGAGUGGGCAUGCCAAGACGGUGUGGCACCAUGUUAAACUAUCUUACCACAUGUUUAGUAUUCGAGGUUGCAGAAUAUAGAGUUAUGAUGACCCGCUGGAGUGAGGCAGGCAAAGCAUUUGCUCUCCGCUGCGGGUGCUUUUCCCGAUAGCGUCGUCCCGGUGUGGGUGACGCUAUCGGCCAUAGGGGCGGGGUGCACUGGCUUCGCUUAGUUCGUACCACCAAAAUGAUAUCAAUGUGCGUGGCAUGAAACCACAUCAUUCGUCGCCGGCUCCUAAAUUUAUCCAAAUAAAUUUUUUAUUUCAAAUGAGCUUUUUUAGAUUGCUCAAUAAUUCAGAAAAUUCUGCGGCCCCUUUCCGUGUAAGAAAAAUCGAUCGGUGACUGUACUUGUUUGCAUAAAAGGUUGAAUUUCAAUAGAACGAAAUUUCGAUAUAACAAAGCAAAUUGCCAAUUUUACCGACUUUGUUAUAUCGAUGUUUAACUGUGUAAUGAAUUCGAUAAAAUCGGCAAUUUGCUUUGUUAUAUCAAAUUUUUAUUAUAUUGAAAUUCGAUCUUCUGUGCAAAUAAGUACAGUCACCAAUCAAUUUUUAUUACACGGGAGGGGCCGCAAACUUUUCUGCAUUAUGGGGCGAUUGAAAAAAGCAAAUUUGAAUAAGAAAAAAAAAUUGAACUUUAGCCAGCAAUGAAAAAUACGGUCUCAUGCCGUGUCAACGAUAACUUCGCAUCGGUGGUACAAAGCAAAGCCGGCCAUGCAUUUGCAUCCAUUCCGCCCCCGCAGCUGAUAGUGUCGCCUGCAGUGGGACGACGCUAUCAUGAAAAGCACUGGGUUUAACUAUUUACCAUAUCGAGGUUUAACUGUUUAUUGAUACAGAUUGGCCCAAUGUUUGCUUUUAGUGUCCCUUUAAAACUUUACUGUAAUUGCAUCUUUCACUCAUAAUGGCCGAUAUAUAUGUGAUAUAAAAGAUAUGCACAUUGUUUUCAUGGAAUUUGAACUAGCCGAGUUUUAUAUCAAAAGGUUUAAUUUAUGCCUUGCAUAAAUAAACGAGUGUACAAAUUGUAAAAAAA